AGAAGACAGUGUGACGUCACUUCUGCAACAACAACAUGGAUGCAACGACUGAAGUUAGCCAGGAAACUGGGUUCGCCGGCGAAAGCGGUGCCGCCAAGAUACAAGAGCGACUUCAGAAACGGCACAAGACGAGGAUAGAGGAUGUCGAGCGGAGGAAGGAAGCUAAAGCGAGCCAGUCUGUCGCGGAGGAAAAGGGCGAGUAUUUCUUCUGCACGUUCAACGCGGAGCGGGCGUCCAUCGAGGACCUGCUGUCCAGCUGCUCCGGAGCUGACCGGGCCGUGUUGACCCAAAGGCUGGAGGAGGCGACGAUCAAAACACUUCAGCUGCAGAAGUUUCUCAAUGACAGCAUGUUGUUUCUCACGCAGUACGACCUGAGACAAGCCCAAGCUGCUCUCCAGAAACUCCAAACCGUCCUCGCUCAGACCAGAGAAGAGGGCCUGCCCAAGAAGAGGUUUGCCUUUAAAGCUCGCACUAAAGCAGCAGAUGAAGUUACUGUGCCAGUGUCAGAAACGCCUGAUGCUGGCACACCUGCAGAUGCUGGUAGCACCAACAUUUCUGGAGCUGCAGCCUCUGAGCAGUGCGGCUUCUCCAACAUGAAUAAUGUAUACCUGACAAAGACAGCUGAGGAGAUCCAGAAAGGAGACGUGCUCUUGACUCAUCUGACCAACUGCAAGGUCCGUCUGUUCGGUUCCCCCAGCACACUGCACCUGAAACACAUCGACAGCUGUGAGAUCCUAUGUGGGCCCGUGUCUAGUUCAGUAUUCGUGGAUCACUGCACAAACAGUACUCUGGCCUUCCCUUGUCAGCAGCUGCGGACCCACAACACCACCGACACACAGGUGUAUGUGCACGUCACCAGCCGAGCCAUCAUAGAGGACUGUCAUGGAGUUAGCUUCGCCCCAUUCUCCUGGUCCUAUCCCACCCUGGAGGAGGACUUCACUGUGUCUGGCCUAGACCGGGACCGAAACAACUGGAGCCAGGUGGAUGACUUCAACUGGCUUGCUGCAGGAAGACCUUCACCUAACUGGACGGUCAUUCCAGAAGCAGACAGGAAAACCAAUUGGGACGCCUAGAAUCAAAAGUUUUAAACCUUUUAUUUAACAUGCAACAUGUCGAUCAAACCAAUAUUAUCUUGUGCAUGUUAUUUAACAAAGAGUUGAUUUCAUGAAGGUUUUCCUUUUAAGCCUGUGACCAUGAUGAGUUGUUUUUUGUUUGCUGCUAUUUUUGGUAGAUGUCCUCCACUGAUUGUGUUGCACUCUGUACAGCUGGGAAAGGGGGUUUAAAGUGCACUAAGAUAUUAAGAUAAAAAAAAUUCAUCUCUUUCAUCAACCCAAAUCACAAUAGGACUGCUGGAGAAGAGCAUCACAUCUCAGCUGAGAUGGUGCAUUCACACUCUUGCCAAAAUUAAACUCUGGCUUGGAGUAUUGUUGGCCUGUGUUCUUCUGCUCACUGUUAGUGAACAAUUUUAAUUUAUCUGACACCUGCUGUAAGCCUUCCUGAAGUGGUAGUGCAUAUGUAGCCAUACUUACUCAAUUAACUGCACACCUGAAUGGUCUUUUAGUGACUGACCUACAAGUACUUUCACAAAGUAAUAAUGGUCAUUUCCUGCUUCCUGUUACCAGAUAUCUGUAACAAAAAAACAGAAACCUAUUGUGUAAAAAGUCUGCAUCAUUAAAAGGGCAAAUAAACAUUCAUUCCAUUAUAAUUUAUCAGCUUUAACACACUCUACAGUGGGAAAAAAAAUUAAUUAUAGUGCAUUUAAGUAAAUUGGCUUGGCUAAGAUAAAGAGUCAUGAUCCAAUGUCAUGUGCCUUUACGCUGCUGGCAGCCGCCAACCCUGAAUGGCCAUAAAGUCUUCAGUGGUGUUCUGAUGUUAUGAGAUGCAACUAAAUCUGGUCUGCACUUUGUAAAAAUGGAAAAUUAAAUGUAACUGCCAUUAAAAUGAGAAUGAGAUAAAGAGUCUUUCUGCUGAACAACAUGGA